AUGCACAGCCUUCUCGUUCUCAUGGAUGAAAUGCUCGCCAAGAAGGAACAUGCUGCUACUUCGCCCGUGAUCAGAAUGGUCACCAUCUGGCUGGGUGCGAACGAUGCCAUCCUCCCGACCGAGCCAGGCGCGGUGCCCUUGAACGAGUUCACUUCCAAUCUGAACGCCAUGCUUGUCGCUCUGACCUCCGCUUCGUCUCCCUAUGCCGCCGCCGACACGCCACUUUCGAUCAUCCUGAUCACGCCCGGCCCCUGCUGGCCGGGCAUGUUUGAGCCGGACACGGGGAGAGACGAGUGGUGUAUACCUGAAAAUAUGAAGAUGUACCGGGACGCGGUGCUGAAGGUGGGAGCAGAGUGGAAGAUGAAGGAAGAGGCGGAUCCGAGGAGUCCAAAGUGGAUGAUUGAGACUGUCGAUGCGUGGGGCGAUUUGGUCAAUGCGGCGGGAGGAGAAGGCGAGGGAUUGAGACCGUACUUCACAGAUGGCAUUCAUUUCUCUUCCAAAGGCUAUUCAGUCCUCUGGGAGGGUAUUGCCAAGGUGAUCCAGACCAAGUUUGCAGGCCGGGGGCUGGACUGGGAAGUUGAGCGAGACCUGCCGAAGCGAGUGCCAGCAAGCGAAGAUGUGGACUGGAAGCGCCCGCAGUCUGUCAUCGAGGGCAUGAAACUCCCCAAGUUCAGGCUUGCGUGA